GAGAGGUCAGGUGGGGCAGGAGAUGAUGAUGGCGGCGGCAGGAGAGCCGCCGCGGGGCGGUGUGAAGGCGAGAUCCCGCCGGAGACGCGCAGGAAAUAAACUAUCAAGUAUUUUGAAAAAUGAAGAUGUAGCACAAAGGAGGGCAGCACUUGAGGCUGCUAUUAAAAAGAAGUUUGAAUAUGAGAAAAAAGCUCUGCGUGUUGUUGAACAGCUAUUGGAGGAAGAUAUUACAGAAGAGUUCCUUGUGAAUUGCGGAAAUUUUAUUACUCCAUCUCACUAUAAGGAUGCUGUGGAGGAGCGUUUUAUCAUCAAACUCUGUGGCUAUCCUUUAUGUCGAAAUAGGCUAAAAAAUGUGCCAAAACAGAAGUACAGAGUUUCAACAAAAACAAACAAAGUUUAUGAUAUUACAGAAAGGAAGUGUUUUUGCAGCAAUUUUUGUUACAGAGCAUCUAAAUAUUUUGAAGCUCAGAUUCCCAGAAGUCCAGUGUGGAUGCGAGAAGAAGAAAGACCACCAGAUAUAGAACUGCUGAAGGAAGGGCAAAGUGGCCGGUCUGGGGAAGAAGUAAAACUACAUGAUGAAGUCAUUAAAGUCUCAGAUAUUGAAAAUCCUAAGACAUCAGCAAGCCAGUGUGACUCUGGUUCCCAUAGCACAUAUAGUAACAGCAGCAGUGAUACUGAACAAGAAUUUGUUUCCUCUAUUCUACCAGAAAAUCGAUCAAAUGCAACCAGUCUGCUGCAACCAUUGCACAAAAAAAGUAUACUCAAAAAGAAGCCUGUUCAAAAUAUAAACUCCACGCAUAGAGAUGGAGACCAUAGAGUAAUAAAUGUCACUGAACAAUUAAGUGAGUGCAAAUUAGAUAUCCAGAAAAAGAAGAGUUCUUGUUCUGUUACUGGCAUUUCUUCAGACACUAUUAUAUUGGAAAACUUAAAAAAUCCAGAAAACUGUGAAAGUAGGUGUAAUGGUUCACAAGUAGUUCUGCUAGGUGUGAGCAAAAAGGGGGCAGAACAACUCAAAAAAAUACUUGCUAAAUCAAAGCAGCAUAUCAAACCUGAAAUGAGUGCGCCAGUUGAUUCCCAUACUGCUACACAUAAUGUGUUAGAUGUGCUUAAGCAGACUUUUAUUGAAUGGAGGACUGAAGAAACUUACAAGUUUCUUUGUGGUUCCAGCUAUACUACUGUACACUUACCAGAACACACAUCUGCUGUCAACUGUGAGAAAGAAAAACUUGAUGAGGAUGACUUAGAAACAGCAGAUGACCUUAAUGACACUGCUGCUGCUACAAGGGAAUCGAAAAACAGUUUGAACCAGUCUUUGCCUUUUGGGGGCACAGGUGCAACAGUUAAACCUUUGCCUAGCUAUGGAAAACUAAAAGAAGAAACAGAACUAUUAGGACUAAGAGUAAAGGAAUUCUAUAAAGGAAAAUGCCCCUUGACUGAAGAAGCAACAACACAGGUGGAAGGAGCAGAGCAUCCUAGCAGUGUUAAAGAAGAUCAGCAGGGUGAUCCCAUCCUCCCGCUUGUAGAUUCUCAUGCCCAAAUGCAGAUUCGAAAGCAGAUAGUACUUGAAAAAUUGAGAAAAGUAUUGCCUGCAGUUUUGGGCCCUCUUCAGAUUACACCAGGUGAUGUUUACAUGGAACUGAAAAAUCUUGUGAAAACUUUCAGGUUAACAAAUACAAAUAUUAUUCACAAAAUUCCAGAAUGGACCCUCAUUGCUGUUGUGUUGUUAUCAGCACAACACACCUUAGAGCAAGUCAGCUGGAUGCUAUUUUGGAUAACAAUUCUAUUGAUAGGUUGUCACAGAUUAUUCCAGUCUUUGCAAAUUCUCAACAGAGUCCAGUAUAUACACAGUUCCUGUCCACAUUACUUGAAGAAUUGCAUUUCACUAAAGAAGAUCUUGAAAGUUUAACAAGAAUAUUUAGACAUGGCAGCAUGCCUGAAUGAAUGAUGAUGAUCUCAAACCUCCUUUUUUGCACCUGAAGUUGGUAUUGAAGUAUUGCUAUAGUGAACAAUAUUUUUUUUCUUUUUAGAGUUGAAAUUAAGCAUUUUACUUUGCAUCCUGUACUUUCAUGUCUGUUUCUUAUGAAGGUGUUCUGAAAUCUUCUUGGACAAGCUAAGUAGCACAGCUUUAGUUCAAGGUAUAGAUGAAGCUAAAAUAAGUUUUUAUACGCUCUGAAAAUUGUCUGAGGAAAAAGUAGUAAGGAUCUCCAUUUUUUGUUUCAUUGCUAAAUCUUAAGGCAAGCUGUGCCCACAAGAUUAGGGGAAAGAAAGAAAGAAAGAAGACGGAGCACGUACCAGUCUCAUGGAAGGCAGGGUACCAUUACUGGCAUCUUUUCUGCUGUUUUCCUGCACUGAGCAGCAUUCUCCAGCAGAAUGCUGAGAAGAGCAGCAAAAAUUUCUCGUCUACAGCCACCUCACCCACCCCCCCAGUGGCUUGUAUAUCUAUUUUUGCUACUUACGAAGAUUGGUUUGGGUUAGAAUUUCUGUAACAUUUGAGAAUUGAAAACUGAUUGUGUAGCUGUUCAUAGUUUGGCUUGCAAGAAAUUCAUGGUUUAUUUUUGAAUAAUUAAAAAGACCUCAUUUGAGCUUUAUUUCAAUAGUCAUUAAAUUUAUUUUGUGAUUGAUGCACUGUUUAGCUUUUCAGAUCAAGACCAUCAUGACAUGCUCACAGUGUUAAGCCGAUUAAUAAACAUGCUUUGAAACCAAA